AUGUCCACCCUCUUCUACGAGCCCUCCACCCGCACCCGCCUGUCAUUUGAGUCCGCCAUGGCCCGCCUGGGGGGCACCAUCCUCACCACCGAGAGCGCCGCGGAGUUCUCGUCGGCAGCCAAGGGAGAGACGCUGCAAGACACGAUCCGCACCGUGGAGGCAUAUGCCGACGUGGUGGUGCUGCGCCACUUCCAGGCGGGGUCAGCGGAGAAGGCGGCUGCCGCGGCCUCCAUCCCCAUAAUCAAUGCAGGCGACGGACCCGGCCAGCAUCCCACCCAGGCGCUGCUGGACGUGUACACCAUCCAGCGCGAGAUUGGGCGCCUGGAGAACUUCCACAUCGGCCUGAUCGGCGACCUGGCCAACGGCCGCACCGUGCGCUCCCUGGCCUACGUGCUGUCUAUGUACAGCAACGUGAAGAUGUACUUUGUGGCUCCCGAUGUGUGCCGCAUGAAGGACGACAUCAAGGGCUACCUGACCAGCGUGGGGGUGGACUGGGAGGAGGUGGAUGACCUGGCCAUGGUUGCUGCUGACGUGAAUGUUCUGUACCAGACGCGCAUCCAAAAAGAGCGGUUCCAGGACAGGCCCGAUGACUACGACAAGGCCAAGGGCAAGUACAUCAUCAACGGCGAGACCCUGAAGCGCAUGAAGCAGGACGCCAUCGUGAUGCACCCGCUGCCGCGGGUGGAUGAGAUCCACCCCGAGGUCGACUCCGACCCGCGCGCUGCCUACUUCCGCCAGGCCCGCAACGGCCUGUACGUGCGCAUGGCCCUGCUGAAGCUGUGCCUGGAGGGGCGCCAGCAUGGCCACUAG